AUGCCGGAAGUUCCUAUGGGCCACCACAGACGCCGCCUUCACACGCGGCGGGUUGCGGGGGCGCUGGGUGGUGUGCUGAUCUUCCAGGGCAAGGCUGCCGGGGUUGUGCAGCUUUCGCAGCUCCCGCGCAUGCCGUACAGGCCGAUGUCAGGCGUGCAUCGAUGGAGCAGGGGAUGCAACUUCAGAGGUGUUUGGUCUCAUCGCCAGGGGAGUGUGGCAUGCAAUGGUCUCCGACAAGGCUUCAAACGGCUUCUUCAACGGAAGACACCGAGCAUUGGGAGUACAGACAUAGAGGGCAAGGUGCACUCGGAUUUCUUCGACCGGACGGCCUGGCCCCCACCGCCACCAUACCUCCAGGCAAAAGUCAACGAGAGUGAAACGCUGCGUAUCUCGGACAUACUCGAAGAGGAAACGGAGGAGAAAGAAGAGAAAGUGCCUGCCAGAACCGAUGGCUUCAUGCGUGAGCGUCAAUUCUGGCGAUGGACGGGCGCCUUGGGCUGGUCCCUGAAUUUCAUCCUCCUCUGCUGGGCGCUGUUUCUACGCAAAGCCGGGCUCGUCAGCCAGGGCCAACCUGAGGAAGGAUUGGAUGUCGACUUAGAACCGGCUCAGAGUCUCAAGAUGGACUCCACCACCUAUGCCGACCUUGUGGCAAGUCAGUUGCAAGAGGAAAGAUACGUUACGGAGUCCAACAAUGCCUUGGGAACCAUCCUGGCAGGGCUGGGCUCCAAGCUGGAGUCUCUGCGCUCGGGCGCAGAGAGGCUCCUGAGACCAGAUGAGGAGCGCUCCGACGAUGUUGUGCUGUCAAAGCUGAUCGGUGACCUGCAAGCUGGAAUUGAGGACCAGCUCGAAAUUCUUGGCAAUAAGGAUGCCGAAGUUUUGCAGAAGCUGCAGCAAAAGCCGGAGAUACUGCGGCAGCUUGCAGACGAGCCGUUGCCGUCAAUUGAGCGCCCAAACAAUGGACUGCUCCUUGAGGAGUGGCCGCAGUUUGUCGAGCAGUCCCUGGGCCCCAUCGUGGUGAUCCUUGGAUCGUCCUUCCUGGUCGCCGUGCUCUCCCGACAAUUCCUACGAGUGGUGACUGAAUGGAGGCGCAGUCGAGAAGAAUCGAAAGCUGAGCGGAUGCGCAAGAUUCAGAAGCGCCGCUUUCAGGCCUUCACGGGCGUUUUCAAUGGUGCGUUGGAGAAUCUGGCGAAGGGUCAGUUCACUCAGGCGGCCAAAAGCUUCGACCAAGUAGCGAACUUUGCGAACCGUUGGGCGUCAGAACCGACAUGGGAGGAGCUCCUGCGGGCCGAAGUUGCUGCAUUCUGGGAGCGCUGGGGGCCACAGGCAUACAGGCUGGAGGCCAACAUUGGCGACUUCACUGGCGUGCCACAAUCAUCGACCUCAGAGCAGUUUAAGUGGGUGGCUGACAGGUGGUUCACCUCCGCCAAGUCAGUGGUCAAAGACUUCGCCUUCGAUGCGGUGAAAGCCUGGGGAGAGGUGCCACCGCAGCCUCACGCAAGUUCUGAUGCGGAUGUUCCAAAGCAGGAAGCCUCGCGUGCUGCCGAUGCCGCCCGUCGUGCGACACAGAUGGGUAGCAAGGUGCCUGACCUUAGUCCUGGCUCGGCCAAGAGACUGUCAUAG